CGUCGCCCCUUUGCCAUCACCACCACCAACCUGUCUACUUUGUUGUUAAGACUCUCAAAACAGCAGUAAUCUCACCCGCUAAUAAUUCACGCGUUCUUUAAAAACUUGGAAAUAAUGGACAAAUCACUUGACGAGGUCAUUUCUUCUCGCCCUAGGGGCACUCGUCGUGGUACUGGUCGUCGCGGAGGUGCAGGAGCCAAGGCUCAACUUCUCGGAACUACUGGCGCCAACCCCGCCACCCGCGCGGCCACUGCCGGCGCUAUUAAAGCCGCAGGCACCACAUCUGCGCAACCCGCCGAUAAAAUCAUUGUUUCCAACCUUCCAACAGAUGUGAAUGAAGUUCAAAUUAGGGAGCUCUUCUCCACUACCGUUGGAGCCCUGCGCGACGUCACUUUGCAUUAUGAUAGCGCUGGACGUUCAAAAGGUGUCGCAGCGGUUCACUUCCAACGCAAGGGCGAUGGUACUUUGGCCUACCAGCAAUAUAACAACCGAUUGAUCGAUGGGAAACGCCCAAUGAAGAUCGAAAUCGUGGUCGACCCCGCACGUCCUGCUCCGCCCGCUUCACUCGUGUCGCGCGUCGCACCUGCCGCUUCUGCUCCUGCAGCUCCAGACGCUCGAAGUGCCAGGUGCGUACACUAAAGUUACUGGUUUCGUUGUCUUACCAAUUCAUAGGCCUGCAACGCGUGGCUCUCGCCGUGGAAGAGGCCGAGGAAGGAAGGGGAAUGAAAGACCUCAGAAGAGCGUUGCUGAUCUUGAUGCAGAGAUGGAGGUUUGUUCUUGAACCUCGUCUCUGGAACAUCAUGUUCAUAUAGAUUUCUCAGGAUUACACUGCGAGCAAUAUCGUUGUUCCCGCCGCUGCUUAAAGUAGCUCGUACUGUGUAUCUGCUAAUGCUGACUGUCUGUUUUGUCCCCCUUUGAUACCGUUCCGAUUUAUUCUUAGUAGUCUGUCCUGUAUUCUACACGCUUGUUUUCCUGGGACUCGAAUUUCUAUUGAGUUAUGAGUCUCUUCA